AUGGAGGUCAUAGACAGCCAGAAGAUCCUGACGCACAUAGAGAGCAAGAUAUUGGAGCUGCGCGCGGAGAGCCAGGUGCAGAGUGUUGGAGUAAAAUUACACAGCCUCUCACACGUGGCAUCAAGGGUGGACACAGAGCGGGCGUCCCUGCACCACAUGCUGCACACCGCGCAGCACCUGCUGCACCACAGCGACCUGGCAGUGCGCUCCUUCUCCCUCCUCCGCUCGCGGUUCCCCCACCUCCCUGGAGCAGACUCGCUGGCACCAGGGCAAGCGGACAUCUACCGGGGCGUGCCGUGCCUGCCGUCGCCCUUCCUCAUCGACACAGUCGCUCGCUUUGAAGUUAAAGUAACAGAGUACCGCCACAAGCUCACCGAGCUCCAGGCAGCCAUCGAACCAGCCCUGGCAGACUCCAGGUUCGGCGUCGGGUACUCCCGAGCCGCGUCGGCAGCUUCGGCGGCAGCAGCGGUUGAGGCUCUCCCUGUGAUUAUAAAGAAUCUGCAUGAUUUUUUCAUACAUGUAGCAGCUCAGGUGGAGAGGGUACAUGAGAGGGUGGAUGCGGCAAGGAAUGCGUUUCUGGCGGAGAGGCGGAGGAGGGGCGACUGGAGUAAUCCGUUUGCAGAGGCAGACCGGAUUGAGGCUGCUGCUACUGCCAGUAAGAAACCCUCCCUGCUCGGCUCUGCUGCUGGCGUUGGUACUGGUGCUGCUGGUGGUGCUGCCGGUGCUCCUGGUGCAGGAGGUACAGGCAGUGGGAUUCUUUCCUCUCCGCUCUCCCUCCUUCCCGGAACCACCACUCCCGGCGCCUCCCCAAACCCUACCGGGCUCUUCCCCUCCUCCACCUCCACCACACCAUCCCUCUUCGGUUCCACCACCCCAGCCACCGCCACCACCCCUGGUCUCUCCCUCUUCGGUACCCCCCCUGCCUCUGCUGUAGCAGGCAGCUCCCCAGGCACCUCUCUCUUUGGCACCCCCACCCCAUCUCUCUUCGGCAGUGCCACUCCUGGUGCCGCUGCUGCUGCAGCAUCCACCCCUGCUCUCUCGUUCGGCAACCCUGCCACUCCUGCCACUGGAACCACGUCUCUCUUCGGCGCUCCGAACCCGGCAGCAGCAGGCUCGUCCCCCGGCUCCUCUCUCUUUGGGAACACCUCGGCUUUCGGCGCCGGCGCAUCUGCCUUUGGAGCAACCCCAGGAGCAGCAGGAGCGGCCGCAAGCACCCCGUCGCUGUUUGGGUCCCCGGCUGGUCCCACAACCGGGGGUCUGUUCGGAGCAACGCCAGCAGCAGCGUCGCCUUUCGGUGCUCCCGCUGCUUCGCCGUUCGGUGCUGCUGGGGGACCCUCGCCGUCGCCGUUUGGAGCAGCGGCGUCGGCUCCUGGCACAUCGCUGUUUGGUGCUCCUGCUGGGGGUACGGCAGCUGGAUCUGGCGGCUUGUUUGGAAAGAGGCCCGUAGCCGUGCAGCUGGGUCUCCCAUCUGCCCCAGCAUCCGGCCAUCACGGACUACCAUAG